CAAGCUGAACGAUUGGAUUACAUACUGAACUGACCAAAGCCAAGAAGUGGAUCAAAAUGUCGGAGCAGGAGCAGAAUUCGACCUCGUCGGUGAAGAAAACUCCGAGUCCUCAGCCUCAGUCCCUACAGCCACCUGAAUUUUCCGCGGGAAAUUCAUCGGAGGCAUCGUGGAAGGUCGGGAAGUACCCUAACCCACCGGACUCGGUUAACCCCGAUCCAGCAACACUCCGUGAUCAAUGGCGGUUCGCCAUCCGCCAAUACAGUAGAUGGUAUUCCCAAGCCUGGGGCACAGCUAUACUUGCCGGCCUCUCCUUUUUCGCCCUCGGUUGGAUCAUCAAGGGCUCCAAUCCCCUCCCCUCCCUCUCUCCACAACCCCCUCAUGAUGAACAUGAUGAACACCCUUCGCCUACAGCUACGGCCGCCACUAACGCAGACCAAUGAAAUACAUGCUUUUCGUUUUAAUUGAAGAAUUGAGCUUACUAUUAUAUGCCUCCCUUUUUAAUUGAAUAAUAGAGCUCAGCCACCGCCCACUGUGAACCAACACUUAUCAACAGACGUGAAGGUCUGAACACUAUGCCUACUCAACUUUGUUAGGACAUCAUGGAGGUUUUUGUAACAUUGAUCCCAAGUGGUUGGAAUAAAGUUAUGUCAAUAAUGAUGAUGAUGAUGUAGUUGUUGUUGAUGUUGUAAGAUUGACGAAUUACAGUUUUAAGAUAUAUGUUGAUGGUUGUGAAUCUAGGAUUAUGUGAGAGUUAGUGCAAUGAUAAAACAAUUUAUGCAGGUUAUUUA